AUGGAGGAGCAAAUUCUAACCAUCAGCGAAACCAAAUCUCAUAAUGACAGCUGUGACAUCCUUUCGGUUAGUAGGAAAGGAAAAGAGGGGGUUGGGGUGCGGUUGGAGGAGUCUCCAGCGGAAGGCAGCUCUGCCGGUGAGAGCAAGAAGAGGCCGGGUUCAGAGGAUCAGAAGGGUUCCAACAAGCGAAGAAAGAGUCCAGAGUCGUGGACAGUGGUUUCAAACACACUUGAUGAUGGUCAGGUUUGGAGGAAGUAUGGGCAGAAGGAAAUCCUGGGUUCUCCAUAUCCAAGGGCUUACUUCAGAUGUACCCGCAAGUAUGAUCAAGGUUGCCAAGCAACCAAACGAGUCCAACAAGUCCAAGACACCCCAAAGGAGUACGAAAUUACCUACAAAGGAAACCACACGUGCGUAAACAUGAUGAUGAUCAUGGGAGCCUCCGAUCCUGCUACUUGGCCGACCCCAGUUUGCAGUAAGAAAGAACAUGGCGAUCUCUCUAGCUCACUGUCCCUGAUUCCUUUCGUUCCGGAGAAGAAAGAAGAGUGCAAGGAGGGGACGACGGCGAGUGGUCUGGUGGACAACGUUAACGAUACUAGUGAUAUGUGGACGGAUUUUGAGUCGCCGGAGUUUGUGUUCCCGGAUUUAGGGACUGAACAGUCACCAUAA